UGGCUCCGCCCACCCCGCUGGGAGCCUGGCUCUCUUUCCUGCCCCCUGCACUCGAGACCCAGAGGAGCCUCGGGAAAGGCUGCAGCCCUCAUGGACCACAAGCGGGGUGCAGGCUAGCAGCGUCGGGGUCCGCGGCCACGCGCUCUCCAAAGGACCUCCCGAGACUGAGCGCGGGCUGAGAGCGCGGCCGGAAGAAGCGGCGGGUGGCCGGGGCGAAGGUCCGAGCUUGCAAGGUAGGGAGUAGGCAGAUGGCCAGGCAAAGUUGAUCAGUGCGGGAGGUGGCUGGCCUGCGCCUUUUCGCCGUUGGGAACCGCCGAGCGACUUGGACUCGACCCCGCCGCGCCGCGCCCCGGGCGCGCAGUGCAGCGCUGAUCUGCUGCUGCCCCGCGCGGGAGCGCACUUGCAAACUUGGUGGAGGUGCCCUGCGCGUCCUGUUGUGUAACCUCCGUACUGCCAGCUGGACCGGGAAGUUGCCCGCCCGUCCUUCAGCUUGGUUCAGUCGCAACCCCGGGGCGAAUUUCAUGGCCCGCGACGAACGCGCGGCUAGAGCCGGCGUGGGCGAGCCCCCGCGCGCCCCGACCCGUGGGGAACUCCCGCGCGCCGUCCCUUCCCCUCACCCGCGCCUCCGAUGCGCGCUGAGCCCGUCGCCUCUGCCGCCCGCUCGCUGCGGUCUGCCCCUCCGAGUUGCUGCCUGAGUUGGAGAGCAGAGGAUGACCGAGGUCCCUUGGCCAGCUGUCCCCAACGGGACGGACACAGCCUUCCUGGCUGGCCUGGGCUCGCCUUGGGGAAACAGUACAGUAGCUUCCACGGCAGCAGUUGCCUCUUCAUUCAGAUGUGCCCUGACCAAGACCGGCUUCCAAUUCUACUACCUGCCGGUGGUCUACAUCUUAGUUUUCAUCAUAGGCUUCCUGGGCAACAGCGUGGCUAUCUGGAUGUUCGUUUUCCACAUGAAACCUUGGAGCGGCAUCUCCGUGUACAUGUUCAACUUGGCUCUGGCUGACUUUUUGUACGUGCUCACCCUGCCAGCUCUCAUCUUCUACUACUUCAACAAGACUGACUGGAUCUUCGGGGAUGCUAUGUGCAAGCUGCAGAGAUUCAUCUUCCACGUAAACCUCUAUGGCAGCAUCUUGUUCCUCACCUGCAUCAGCGCACACAGGUACAGCGGCGUGGUGUACCCGCUCAAAUCCCUGGGCAGGCUCAAGAAGAAGAAUGCCAUUUAUGUCAGCGUGCUGGUGUGGCUCAUUGUGGUGGUGGCUAUCUCCCCCAUUCUCUUCUACUCUGGCACGGGGAUGCGGAAAAACAAAACCAUCACCUGCUAUGACACCACGGCCGAUGACUACCUGCGAAGUUAUUUCAUCUACAGCAUGUGCACAACCGUGGCCAUGUUCUGCAUCCCCUUGGUGCUGAUCUUGGGCUGCUAUGGAUUAAUUGUUAGAGCUCUGAUUUACAAGGACCUGGACAACUCUCCUCUCAGGAGGAAAUCCAUUUACCUGGUCAUAAUUGUCCUGACGGUGUUUGCUGUGUCUUACAUCCCUUUCCACGUGAUGAAAACCAUGAAUCUGCGGGCACGGCUGGAUUUCCAGACCCCGGAAAUGUGUGCGUUCAAUGACAGGGUUUAUGCCACCUACCAGGUGACACGAGGUCUGGCGAGUCUCAACAGCUGUGUGGAUCCCAUUCUUUAUUUCUUGGCUGGAGACACUUUCAGGAGGAGAUUGUCCCGAGCCACCAGGAAAGCUUCCAGGAGAAGUGAGGCCAAUUUACAAUCCAAGAGUGAAGAAAUGACUCUCAAUAUUUUAUCUGAGUUCAAGCAGAAUGGAGACACCAGCUUGUGAAGGCACCAGACCCAAACACCUCACUUUUGUAACAUGGUAGGAUGCUCACAGAACCAACUACCUUUUGUUCUUAAGUUCCUAGUGAUGCUAGAGAGAGUACUCCAGACCAGACAGUAGUGAGUUGGGGGGGAAAAAAAGGAAGCACCGGUUUAUUGCACGUUCAUGUUUAUCUUCCUUUCCUGUAAGCUCCUUUCUUACUCACUAGGAGUCUGUGUAAUCGAGCAGUGCCACCCAGAUAAACACGCCCUCUUCUCCCUUUGAAACUCACAGACGCGGCUAUUAUUGAAGUGUGUGCAUGUGUAGCAGGGCACUUUUGUUAUUAAAAGUUUCUCCCAGAAAACCGGC